AUGAAACAAAAUAAAGUUCGUAGAAAGUCUUAACAUGAUUAUCAUGAUUAGAGUGAAUUGAUUUACAAGAAAAUUAUUGUAGAUGAUUCUCCUUUGGAUUUCCAUUAAAAGAAACACUUACUAUAGUAAUUACAAUAGAAUUUAAAGACAACCAGCAUGUCAUUUAGUAAAGUAAUUAUUGCUAAUUUAGAAAUAAGUCUUCAGCAACAUCGAGAUUACUCAUAUAUUUAAAUGAUAUGAUUAUGAAAUUGAAUCAAAUAGAAUCAAAUCUUGAUUAGUAAGAAUGCUAGACUUUAGAACAUCUAAUUCAAGAUAUGGUGUCAUAAUACUCAUCUAUACCUAUUCUAAAUCAAUCGUAAUCUAAACUUAGAUUAUAACAACCAUAAAAGUAAUGGAAUGUUAGUGUUAAGUAAGAUUAGUUCCAAUUAUUAUAAUAGAUAAUUAGAAUCUUUAAUCCAUCAAUGUAUAAUAGUAUUAAAUAAAUUACUAAUGGAUUUAGAUUAUUCACAUCUGAAGGUGUUUUCAAUAUUUAUGAAUAAACAAAUCUAGUAUAUCUUAUGUUGUUAUGUAGACAUUUACAAAAAAAGAAAGAUCAAAUAUUAAAAGACAAUCUUUCAGUUUGUAGAAUAUGUGACUAAGAAAUAAAUAUGAAUAUAAUGUAAUAACAUAGUUAAGGUUGUUUAGAAAAGGCAAAUAUUAAAAAAUUAUUAGUUUAAGAGAACUUAAUUCUUGCUUCUAUUUCAGAAAAAGCAUAUUAAAUCAAACAUGAUAUUCAAGUUAAAUAAGGAAUGAAAUUGUAAUUAUUAUAAUUAUUAAAUUAAUAGAAUGAAAGAAUUAAAGAAUUAAUCUAAAAGAGUAUUUAGACAAGAUGACGUUAAAGAAGAAGAGUUAGGAUCAAUUAAUUAAGCAUUAUCAUCCAUAUAUCAACAUGCAGAAAAGAUAUUUAAUUAACCUGAAAAUGAAGAAUUAAAAUGUAUAUAAUUUAUUAUAUUAUUAAGCUAAUAUGUUAUUAGUAUCAGAAUUAUCUAUGGCAUUACUAAAUAUAACACAUUAAUAAAGUAAAUAAAUUAUUAUUGAUGCUUAAAAUUCAUUAAAAAAUAGAAUUGAACAUUUAAAAAAAAUACAAUAAAUACAAAAUAAAGAAACUGAAUCUUAAAUUGAUUCCAUUAAAAAGAAUUUUUUAAAUAAAGCUAACUCUAUCUCCUUUAUACACUCAAAAUUUUCUAAUCAAUUAAAUUAAAAUCCUUUGAUGAAAUAAAACUCUCUUCAACCAAAAACAAAAGCAAUCAAACCUUUAUUUGGUGAAAAAAAUAAAUCUGUUCAUUUAACUCCUGAUAUACAUUCUAGACCAUAAUAAAUAUAAAAAUUAAGUAAAUUUAAAAUGGAGAAAUAAAAAGAGGAAGAAGAAGAAGAAGAUGAAGAUGAUUUCAAUUCUAAAUAAAUAUUAAAAACUGAAGUUAUAGAAGAUGAUGAUGUUGAUAUGAAUGUUUAAAAAGAGAUCUUCAAAGAAAAAGGAUAUAAUUCUGAUAGUGAAGUUGUAACAUUUAAAGAUAAUCAAAAUAAUAAUACAGUAAGAAUGGCUGAUUUUGAUAUUAUUAAACCAUUAGGUUAAGGUGCUUUUGGAGGAGUCUUACUAUGUAAAAAGAAAACAUCACAAGAUUUAUAUGCUAUUAAAAUUAUUGAUUGUGCUAAUUCCUCAUUAGAAACUCUUAAAGCUGAACGUAAUAUUUUUGAAAUUUUGACUGGUGAUUUUGUUGUUAAAGCAUAUUAUUCUUUUGUUCAUGAUCAUUACUAUUGUUUUGUCUAAGAAUAUAUGGUGGGAGGUGACUUUGCCAAUAUCCUCAAAGUAUAUGGAGCACUUGAUGAAACCUAUGUUCAAUUCUAUUUAGCUGAAAUUGUCUUAGCAUUAGAAUACCUGAGGAAAAAUAAUAUUGUACAUAGAGAUUUAAAACCUGAUAAUAUACUAUUAGAUAGUUAAGGUCAUGCAAAAUUGGCAGAUUUUGGGUUGUCUGCUUAAGGUAUGAACACCAAAUUAAAGAAAUAAUUGUAGAGGUAGUAGAAUUUUAAAAUUAAAGGAAUUGUUGGAGAUAUGAUUCAAAAUUAUCAUAUCAAUUAUGAACCAUAAUACAAUAUCAAUAAAUCCCAUAAAAAAUAAUCCAAUGAAACUAAAGCUAUUGUAGGAACUCCAGAUUAUAUCUCUCCUGAAAUUAUCAAAGGAAUAUCUUCUGAUAAUUUUAGUACAGAUUAUUGGAGUUUAGGUGUCAUCAUGUAUGAAAUGUUAGUGGGAGUGCCACCUUUCAAUGAUACAACAGUUGAAAGACUAUUUGAUAAUAUAUUGAAUUUGAGAAUGGAAUGGCCAUAAAUAGGUGAUGAGGAAGAUUGCAUAUCCUAAAAUGCAGCAGAUUUAAUUAAGAAAUUCAUGGAGCCAGAAUUUACAAAGAGAAUUGGACACAAUAACAUAUAAGAAAUUAAAGAUCAUCCAUUCUUUGAUGGAAUUGAUUGGAAUUAAUUAAGAAAAAUGCCUGGUUUAAUUGUUCCAAGAAUGGUAAUAACUGGAAAUGAAAAACCAAAUUCAGAUAAAAUUGAUGCAUUUCUAAAAAAUAUGAAUAAAUAAGAUGAUAAAUAUCAAAAGAUUGCAUAAAAUAUUAAAAAAGAACUAUAGAAUUUUGAACGGAUUGAUUUAUUAUAAUAAAAGAGCGUUGAAGAAGCUUAGAUUAAGAAAAAAAAAUAAUAAUUAUUAAUAAAAGAUAUUGAAUAAUAAAUUCAGAAAUUUCAAAGUUAAAUUUAGAUCAAAUGA